UACAAUUCCCACAACUCCAAUCGGCAUAAACCCACUUCGUGAGCUGAGCGACUGCGACGUCGGAGACCGAUGAAAUGAACGGGUCUGACUGGUGAAUAGAGGUUUUAUUAUUAUUAUUUAUUCAUCUUUUUUUAACCGACCGAGAUGUCUCAGUCCUUCACACAGAGCUCAGACACGAACAGCCGGAGGAGAAGGCCGCCUGAACACGUAGUCGAUUCUCUGUGUGAUCAUGAUCUUCUGGCAAGUUGCAGCCAUGAAGAUGUCCACGACCGCCUGUGCAGCGCACAACAGCUCAACACAAAGCACCCAUGCACUCCACCUUUACAUCACUCCGUGUGUCCUGCAACAAAAUGCGCAGCUGCACAUGCGUGUGCGAGCCAUCACGCUUGUGAGGACAGCUGGGAGGAGAUCCAGAAUAAGAGAACCAUCAGAGCAGAGAACGAGGUGGAGGCAAACAAACUGGUCAACAACUACAGGUUUGGUUUCAGGAAAUGGAAGAGCCAUGUGACGGAGCGGCCAUUGGAAGACCGGUCCGACGUUGUAAAAGAGCUCUACUCUGAGCUGAACGUCAUCAAACCACACUCAGGCCAGUUCAUCACAUGUGGAAAUGUAGUUUAUGUCCUCCUCUUUGGCUGGUGGGUGUCCCUGGCAUACUUCCUGGUCGGCACCCUUAUGUUCAUUUCUAUUAUUGGAGUACCUUAUGGUAAGCUCUGCUGGAAGCUGUGCUGCUACUUCAUUUGGCCAUUUGGCAACACGAUCCACGAGAUUGGAAAUACUUUGAGGAGAUGUUGUGAAGAUGCACCAGACUGUGAGUGCAGCAUAGAGACGGAGGAGGACAACUCACCGGUCCUGUUGCCAUCACCCACUGAGGUGCCGGUUCCAGAUGUGCCUGGACGACCUCUGCGAACCCCCUACUGGCAUCGUUUCUCCACCUACCUAUGGCUGCUGCUGGGAUACCCUCCCCUGGCAAUCAUUCACUCUCUGGCCUGCUUCAUCUCCUGGAUCCUGGUCUUCACCAUCCCCGUCUCAAAAAUGAACGCACAGACUCUGGGGGUCAUACUUCUCAGAGCUCCCGAGGAUGUCUUGAUCACCACCAGCUCUCAGAGGAAGCAUCACGGCUACGAGACCAGAGCUCUGCUGUGCUGCUACCAUGCUGCAAACUGGUACUACUACAAGUACACUGUUGAUGGCAUCAACGUGUUUGCUGUCAACCUCCUUCCUUUAGUAAUACUUGCCCUGGUAAUGGGAUACGUCGACAGAGAGAACCAGUACGCCAGCUCUGAGGUCAAGUUCGCCAUAGCCAUCGGCUCCAUCAUCCCUCUCUCUUAUUACAUCGGAAUGGGUGUUGCCAGUAUUUCCGCUCAGAGUAACUUUGCUGUGGGCGCAGUGGUCAACGCCACCUUCGGUUCCAUCACAGAGCUGACGUUUUACAUCACAGCCCUGCUCAGAAGUCACCGGACAGCCGACCGCUGCCUGCAGGAGGUUGUUAAGGCGGCGCUGACUGGCACGCUGCUCGGAUGCAUCCUCUUCAUCCCUGGAAUCUGCAUGGUAAUCGGAGGGCUGAAACACAGCGAGCAGAGAUUCAACAGUCGGUGUACAGGAGUGAGCUCCGCGUUACUUUUCAUCUCUGUGGGAGGCACGUUGACCAAUGCAUGCACAACUAAUUACUUAAAACAUAAAAUACACAGGAAAUAUCUGUACCCUCUUAGAAGUGUGUUUGCACCCACGCUGUUUUCCAAGGCUUAUGGGAACCUGGUGUGCGACGCCUGCACCAACUCAGGGAACGGCACGAGCAACAGCAGCGGACCCUUUGUGUGCCACAACUGCCACUACGAUCUGGUCUUUAACCCCGAAGAGCUCACAGAAACCUUAAAUAACAACAAAACGCUGUUCCACAACCAUGUCGAGCCGCUGGUGUACACCGUGUCAGUCCUCCUGCCAGCAGCAUACAUUAUUGGUCUGAUAUUUACUCUCAAGACACACUCCCACAUUUACGACAUCCACGUUGGAGGACAGGAGUCGAGCCACCAGGGAGCAGUGGUCCACUGGUCGCGGUGGCGGUCUCUCGUCAUCCUCAUCGUGGCCACCGUGCUCACGUCUGCGUGCGCUGACCUUGCCACCCAGCACAUCCAGCCCAUUCUCAGCCAGCCCAACGUCUCUCAGUAUUUCAUCGGUGUGACGGUUCUGGCUAUGGUUCCAGAGAUACCAGAGAUAGUCAACGGGAUCCAGUUUGCGCUGCAGAACAACAUAAGCCUCAGCUUAGAGGUUGGAAGCUGUAUUGCUGUGCAGGUGUGCAUGCUACAGAUUCCGAUACUGGUCCUUUUCAAUGUCUUUUAUGAUGUUGGCUUUGUACUGUUGUUCAGCGAUCAGCACAUGUGGGCCAGCAUCUUUAGUGUGAUUCUGGUCAACUAUAUUUUCAUGGAUGGCAAGUCUGACUACUUUCAGGGUACAGCUCUAGUGGUCGUCUACCUCAUCCUCCUGGCUCUGUAUUACUUUGCUCCAUCUCCAGCCGGCUGUUGAAAGCAGGAACAACUUUAAGCCCCAACAUCCAUUUGCAAGCCCGAGUGGUAUCUAAUUUGCACGACUCCAUGUUGAGCUCAUUUGACUGUUGAUGGGGAAGCCAUGAGGAGCAUUUAUAAUGUUUUCUAAAGACAAACUGAAAUGUUUAAUCUCAGGUAGAAGCUUUUUACCGUAAUCACUCCUGAUGUAUUAUGUCCAAUUCAGAGGCUGGCAUACUUAAUGCAUCUUUAACCCAGUAACAUAUUUUUAAACUGUGAAGCAGAGAUUAAGGUAUUUUUUAAACAUUGAAAGGCACUGAAGAUAUUUUCAGGUACUAUUGUGAUAUACAGUAGAUGGGGGGG